AUGGAUUUUAUUCCCGCACGAGAUACAAGUGUUACAUCUGGCCUUGACCAAUCUCAAGGUCAAGCUAAAAGAUUAUCAAAUGAACGUCAAAUGAUCGCCAAACUUGAUCCAGCUGAACUUCAAGAUCGAUAUUUACGUUUGUACGAUGAUAAUUUAGUUCUUAAGCAGCAUGCACGAAAACAAGAAGACAAAAUUAAAAGAUUAGCUACAAAAUUAACUAAAGUCGUCGAAGAUAAAAGGAAAAGUGAAGCUACUCCAUUAGGUGUCAAGGUGGCUGGCCGAGGUACCGAAACUGAGAAUCUUCUUGAUGAAUAUCGUAAUAAAAUAUCUGAAUUACGUGAUCAAAAUAAACUACUUAAACAACGUGUUGUUCUGUCUCAACAGCAAUUACAAGCAGCACAACAAAUGAAAAAGUCACAAACACUAUAUGAUAAUGUUUCAUCGAGAAUUGAUACUGGUCAAUCGAAAAGAAUCCCUUCCCCAUUACUUCAUAAUAUUCGCGUGAUUGGUCCACGAGAUUCAGCAAGAAAUACUGGAACGACGCCAAGACUUAAUACUGGCCUAUUAGAAGAUGCUCGAGUGGCAAAUAAACAAUUAGAGGAGUCACUUGAAAAAGCUCAUCAACAAUUAAGUACAUAUGAGCAACAAAUAGAAAGUCUUCGUCAACAACUGCAACAACGUGACGGUGAAUACGAACAAAAUCUAUUACGUUUACGAGGUCAGGCAACAGGUGGUGAUUCACGUACCAAUUUACAAGAAAAUAUUGAUAUGAUACGUUUACAACGAGACUUGCGUGAUAAAUCUGAUGAAUUAAGACGUUUGCAAACUCAAUCUACAAAUUUUGAAUCGCAAAAUCGCUCUCUUCAAGUCACAAAUGCAGAACUACUAAAAGAAAUCGACCGACUUGAUAGGCAAAUAAAAGAUGAACAACAACGAACGGUACAAUUACGUACUGAAUUAAGAAAUGGCUCACGUUCAAAUUCAGUUGUCUAUGAACUUCAAGCACAAAUAGAAGAUUUUCGACGUGAAUGCGAAUUACUAAAAGAAGCAAACACAAAAUUAGUUAGUUCAGCAUUUAGUGGCGAUCGUGAUAGAGAAUUUCGAGAGAAAGAACGAGCAUUAAAAUUACAAAUAGCUCAACUGGAAGCAGCUAUGAAAGCAGAUUUAGGUGAAAGAGGCACUUUACUUGAUCGAUUAACAUUAGAAAAAGAUUCAAAUAAGAGAACUGAUGACGAACAUCGUGCUAUGCAUUUGAAAUAUUUAGAAAUGAAAGAAAAAUAUGAUGAUUUAGCAGAAAAAAUGAAGUUUUUUGAACGGGAAAGCGAUAUAAAUAUGAAAGAAAUUGAAGAAGCACUUAUUAUAUUACGGCAACGUAAACAACGACAAGAACCUAAUUUUGAAUUUCUACAAAAAGUUGAUGACGAAAAGGGAAAAAAUUUAAAUCGACGAUUGCUUGAAUUAGAAAGUCAAUUAGCUGAAACAGCAAAUGAAUUAGAAAAAACUCGAAACUUAUUAUUUAUGCAAUACAAAAUUAAUCGAGAUUAUAAACUUGAAGUCGAUUGUGUUCAAAGAAAAUUGGAUGAAAAUCAAUCAGAAUUUCAAUCACGCAUACUUGAAAGUGGUCAAUUACUUGAUAUUCGUGCUGAACGCAUUCAAAAACUUGAAAAAGCCUUGAAAGACGUUGCUUAUGGUACUCGUCAAUAUCGUGUUCAAGAACAACCAGCUGUUGACGGCAAUCUAACCAAUGAUCUAAUUGAAGAUGCUGUUGAACUUGAACGUGGUCAAAACUUGAUUGAAGUUCAUAUAAGUCGUGCUUCAUUUAAUGAACGUGCACUUGAAUAUUUCGGUAAAAAUACUGAUCCAUCAACAUUCUGUUCAUUGGAAUUCUUUGAACAUGAAUUACAAAUGACUCCGAUUGUAAAAGGUCGAACACCAGAAUAUGAUUUUACAGCGCAAUAUAUCGUGAAUGUCGAUGAUUUUCUUCUGUAUUAUCUACAAAAAGAAUAUACUGUUAUUGAACUUCAUCAAACAGUUGGGCAAUCAUUUCAAACGAUUGCUAGAUGUAAACUUAGUUUAAAACAGCUUAUCGAAGGUAAUCAAGGUCGAUUACAUGGUACAGCUAAACUCAUAGCAUCUCAUCAAGAUACUAUUGAUAUUGGUACAUUUGGUGUUGUUGAAUAUUGGGUUCGAUUACGUGUACCGAUGGAACAAGCAUUCCGUUUGUUGAAGGAAAAAAUGAAAGCACAAGGUUAUCUUGUUACAACAAGUCGCCAAUCAACGAAAACAGCAGAUGAUAUUGAUCAACACCGUGAAAUGGAUCCAAAUAUGAAUGAAUUAACUAUAGCUAUUCUUAGUUGUUCAAAUGUAAAAGCAUCUUCACCAGAUCAUCAACCUGAUCUUUAUUGUAUAUAUAAAUUUUAUGACUUUGCUGAUCAUGAUACAAUAACAAUUCCAUCAUCGAAUAAUCCUAAUUUAGAUGAUCGUGCACAAUAUCCUGUUCCGAUGGACGCUGAUCUGGAUCGAUAUCUUAAACAAGCACAAUUAACAGUAUUUGUUUUUGAUGAUCGUGAUCAAAAAGAUGAUCGUUAUGUUGCACGUGCUGAUAUUCCAUUAAUACCACUUUCACAUGACAAUCAAAUUCGAGGUACUUUUGACAUGCAUAAUGAUCGUGGUGAAAAUAAUGGUACUAUGGAUGUUACAUUGAAAUGGACAUAUUCAUAUACACCACCAUCAUCAGCAACCCGUACGCCAGCUCAACGUUUAAAGAGUGGAUCAUCAGUACCACGUGAACCAUUAGCAUUACUACCUGAUGAAAGUAUAUCGGGUCAUAAGACUCUUGCUGAAAAACAAAAAGAAAUGAAUAUAAAAUUAAAAUCACGAGAUGUACUCGGGCCCGACAGUGAACCAAGAACAAAGCCAGAUUUGUCAAGGAAUAGUUCAGGAUCACGAUCGCCUACUUUUGCACAGCAGCCACGCAAUGGACAUCAACGAACAUCGUCAAAUGCAAGUUCACACAGUAAACAAGUUAGCUUCGAUAAUCGCAUUGAUAGGGCACAGCCACAUCCUCAAAAUGGGGAUCAUCUUACACCAAGUGAAACAAGUCGCACAGUAUCACCUGAUUCAUAUGAUGAUGUAGACAAUCCACCAAUUCCAACAACACGCUAUGUAGAUGAAUCUGAUCCCGAUAUUGUUUACCAAGGUUCAACGCCAAUUAAUUCUAAAAAACUAGAUGAUACUGUAACAAUUGGUGUACAUGAGCUUGUACUCAAUGACAAAUGUUCUGUAUUUGCCGAUGACAACUGUGAAAAAGUAUUUGUUAGUGUAGAAUUUCUAAAUUAUCCAGCAGAAGAUCUUGAAACACCAUAUGCAUUACCAAAAGGAGAACCAAAGCAAAGACAUAGCUUUAAUUUUCAAACUGAUUGUUCGGUACGUGAUCAAGCAAAGAAAAAACUACUUACUGAUUUUAUUGGACCGCAAUCCGAUGGAGAAAUUAAAUUUGUUGUCGUAGCUGAACCACCCGACGAUCAACUCACACUUGAUUGUGUUGAUAUUGGUUACGCGACUGUUAAUGCUAAACAACUUUUACAAAAUGAAAAGGAUCUUAUUGAAAAAGAUAUUGAUGUACAUGAUAUGGAGGAUCCUACAGAAAUUGUUGGACAAAUGAAUGUAACCGUAUCAAUUGUUCAAGCGUUGAAAAAAUUAAAGCAACAAGAGCAAACUACUCGUCGAAUGCAAAAUUAA